AAAAAAAAAAACAAGGAAAAUGUUAAUCAUAAUGCUAAUAGACGCAAUCCAACAGGUCAUCAGUUGGGAGUGCACACAUGGUCUCACACCGCCCUUACCACUCAAUCCAACGAAGAAAUUAUCGCCGAAAUGCAAUGGACCGCAGCAGUCAUAAAAAAUGCUGUUGGCGUAACUCCAACGUACAUGCGCCCGCCGUUUGGCGACAUGGACGAUCGGGUUCGCGGUAUUGUUACCCAACUCGGUUAUAAAGUCACCAUCUGGGACAAGGACACCAAUGAUUGGCUGUCAGGCGAUGAUCCAAGUUUCAAUCUCAACUGGAUCCCGGAUAACUUCACCGAAUGG